UUGCAGUUACUGAAUCGCUUGUGCUAAAGGACGGAUCGAAAAUAUGAGAUGCCUAGGCUUCGUCGUCUUUUUGAACCUCAUCAGGGCGGCAUUAUUUUUGACCGGUAAAGAUGGGUCGGUGUGCAACGUGCAACUCAGUUACAUGGAAUCAAGAUACGUACCCUACACGGAAACGUACAAGAUCAGGAAAUGGACUUUCUUUCAUCAAACGAGGUCUCGAACCAAUUACAGGAUCGAUCACGUCCCCGUAUGGAAGCUAGAGGAGAGAUGUUGCGACGGUUACGAGGAUCGAAAUAACGUUUGUGAGCCCGUAUGCAGCCCCGAAUGCGUGAACGGAAAGUGCACGAGUCCAAACUUGUGCGAAUGCGACAUCGGAUAUUCGUCUGUUACGCAAUACGAGUGCGAGCCCCUGUGCAACACCUAUUGCACGAACGGUUUUUGCGCGAGACCGAAUGAAUGCUCGUGCAACGCCGGCUACGAAUUGACCGAGAGCAAAUUAUAUUGUCUGCCGGUUUGCACCCAAGAUUGUGCGAAUCGCAACGCGCACUGCACGGAACCGAACCGCUGUACCUGCAAUUGGGGUUAUCGACAGAGCGACAUCGAUGGCGACUUACCAUCGUGCACCCCGAUCUGCGAAAUACCGUGCGUGAAUGGAAACUGCACCGAGCCGAACGUUUGCACGUGCAACCCCGGUUACGAAGAAGAUAUCGAUCGGUUCGUUUGCAAGCCCAAGUGCGAGCGAAUUUGCCUGAAUGGGAAAUGUACGGCGCCGAACGUAUGUACCUGCGACCCAGGCUACCAGUUAAACGAGAACGGGGAAUGCGAGCCGAACUGUACCGAACCGUGCGUGAUGGGUACUUGCAUCGCGCCGGAUGUUUGCAGCUGUUACCCUGGAUACGGGUUACCGGAUGACUCCAGGUACGUGUGCGAAGCGGUGUGCGAGAAAGCUUGCGUGAACGGGACGUGUACGGCGCCCGACGUGUGCACGUGUCACGACGGCUACAGAGCGACAGGAGACGACACGAUGAGCCACGUGUGCGAGCCAGUCUGCGAGCUUCCUUGCGAGCCUCGCGGCCAUUGCGCAGCGCCCAACACUUGCAACUGCAUCCAAGGAUAUCGGAUGAUCGAUAUGACCGCGAAGGAGAACGAAGUGGUCGUGGACACGAUCGUCUCGGGCUGUGAACCUGUUUGCGAUCAAGAUUGCGCGAACGGCACGUGCACGGAGCCCAAUGUUUGCACUUGCAACGACGGGUUCGAGAAGGACGCGGACGAUCGGUGCGAACCCGUCUGCGUGUCUUGUCACAACGGCUCCUGCGUAGCGCCGGAUGUUUGCCAAUGUUGGGAAGGUUUCGUCCGGACGGAAGAAUUCGGCUGUGCGCCAUCUUGCGAGAACGGGUGCGAAAACGGGGAGUGCAUGGCUCCGAACGAGUGCGUUUGUCACGAGGGUUUCGAGUCGAGUGGAAAUAACAGUGACAGUACGUGCGUGGAACACGUGCCCACGUGCACGACGGUUUGCAAAGGCCACGGUGUCUGCGUGGAAGACGAGAAACCGUGCGAGUGUUCUUACGGGUGGACGGGGCCGGAAUGCGACCAAUCCACCCUCUGUAUUUUGGUAAUCAACCCCGACGAUGAAAAUCUCAUUGGAAUCACGAUUCGUAACGAUACGAAUAGCACGCUUACGAAUGCUAAACGUUACGCGCCGCUCUGCUAUGGAUGUGACGGGAGAACGAACAACGAAAGUUACUGUUUCGCCAUCAAUGAUUCGUCGAUUGGCUGUUUCGUCGAGACAGUAGAAUCUUCUUGCCAUCGUGACAAACUGAAUGCAGAGUUCAAGAUGCAGACAGGAAUGUUAGAAGCGGUCAUAAUUUUAAUAGUGGUGGUCGUGACGAUAGCGUGUUUCGUGAUUUAUAGGCAUCGAAGAAAAAAGAUGCGUUUAGCCAUCGUGCAGAAUGUAUUACAGGAAACAAUGGCAAACGAGUAUUUGAUUUCGGAACGAGAUGAUGAUUCUGCGUAUUAAUUUACACGAACGAUAAAUUAACGGACAAUAAAUUAGAAUGAAAUAUUUCUAUCCACAUUGGAA